GCAGCCCCAGCCCCUGCGCGCACACAGUUAGCGCUUCCAGCAGGGACUCCGGAGAGCAGUCCGGCCGCCCUGGCGGGGCAGCCGAAGCCAUGGAAGCCUCCGCAGGUUGCUGAUCAGGGCCAGGCAGCUGCAGCAGCGACUGCAGAGGCGCUGCGCCAAGCCGGGGCCGAAGUGGUGCGAGCCGGCCGAGCUGCGGAGGGCGAGUGGACACAGGGCUGUUGAGAGGAGUCCAUGGCGUGAUACGGGAAGCCCGAGCCACAUGCCAACGGGCACUCUGGGAAGGUGACGUCAAGACUAGCCCAGCAUAUCUGGGGUUCCUGGUCCUGCUCCAGGAGUCCUCCGACCUGCUGCCCCCACCGAGGAGGGAGGAUUGACCAGCGCAGGGGUGGGGUCCGAGUGUCAGGGGUCCGGGGGCCUGGCUCGUAGCAUAGAGGACACAGCGCUGCGCCGAUGCCCGUGUGACCUUGGGCACGGCCUUCGGUCUCUGUGGGGCACGGCCACUCAUCUGGAGGACACGGGGUUGGACUGGUGAUUCCUGGCGGCCCCAAGGCUCUGCCAACAAUUUUAAGUCGGGCGGCCAGAGCCAGCUGUGGCCAGAGCCCGGGUGUCCUGCUGAAGGGCGAGAGGAGACGCCAUGCCAGGCAGCGGCCCCAGCGAGAGGAUGACGUGGCCCGGCCCGGCCCUCCCCACGGCACCCCCAACGCGCCCUCUCUCCUCAGCCCCCGGGACUCCACCCAUCCCGCCCCUCACCCGGACCCGCAGCCUCAUGGCCAUGUCCCUGUCGGGCAGUAGACGGGCCUCGGCUGGAUCCCGCAGGCGCACCUCUCCACCCGUGAGCGUGCGGGACGCCUACGGCGCCUCUUCUCUCAGCAGCAGCAGCAACUCGGGCUCCUGCAAGGGCAGUGACAGCAGCCCCACCCCCAGGCGCUCCUUGAAGUACAUGCUGUGCAGCGACAACCAUGGCAUCAAGCCGCCCACCCCCGAGCAGUACCUGACCCCCCUGCAGCAGAAGGAGGUGUGCAUCCGGCACCUGAAGGCCAGGCUGAAGGACACACAGGACCGGCUCCAGGACCGGGACACGGAGAUCGACGACCUGAAGACGCAGCUGUCACGCAUGCAGGAGGACUGGAUCGAGGAGGAGUGCCACCGAGUGGAAGCCCAGCUGGCCUUGAAGGAGGCCCGCAAGGAGAUCAAGCAGCUCAAGCAGGUCAUCGACACUGUCAAGAACAACCUGAUUGACAAGGACAAGGGGCUGCAGAAGUACUUCGUGGACAUCAACAUCCAGAACAAGAAGCUGGAGACGCUGCUGCACAGCAUGGAGGUGGCCCAGAACGGCGCGGCCAAGGAGGACGGCGCCGGGGAGUCGGCCGGCGGCUCCCCCGCCCGCUCCCUCACCCGCAGCUCCACCUACACCAAGCUCAGUGACCCGGCCGUCUGUGGGGACCGGCCCCCUGGGGACCACCCUGGCUCCUACACUGAGGACGGGCCCGACAGUGGCUUCGUGGCAAAUGAUGACACAAUGAGCCGGACAGAUGUGCUGGAGGCCAGCAGCCUGCUGUCGUCGGGGGUGGACUGCGGCCCCGAGGAGGCCUCCCCGAACAGCUCCUUCAGCAUGGCUCCCCGGUUCCCGGCCGGCAGCGCCUACUCGAAGCUGCUCUGCGGCACGGAGGCCGGCGUACAGGCCAGCUGCAUGCAGGAGCGCGCCAUCCAGACAGACCUCGUGCAGUACCAGCCUGACCCAGACGCCAUUCUGGAGAAGGUGGCCAUGGCCCAGGUCUGCGGGGCGGGUCCCCAGUCAGGGGACAGGUGCCUGCAGCUGGAUCCCCACCCCCCAGGGCCCAGAGACCCCAGCUCAGCAGUGGUGGUGACAGUGGGUGAUGAGCUUGAGGUCCCAGAGCCUGUCACUCGUGGGCCGACCCCGCACCAGCCUGACGCCAAUCCCAACCCCCACCUGUCAGUGAGUGUGGCGUGCCCCGUGGAAGAAGAGGAGGAGGCGGCUUCCGCCGAGAAGGAGCCCAAGAGCUACUGGAGCCGUCACUACAUUGUGGAUCUGCUGGCCGUGGUGGUGCCGGCCGUGCCCACGGUGGCCUGGCUCUGCCGCUCCCAGCGGCGCCAGGGCCAGCCCAUUUACAACAUCAGCUCCCUGCUGCGGGGCUGCUGCACCGUGGCCUUGCACUCCAUCCGCAGGAUCAGCUGCCGCUCGCUCGGCCCCAGUACGGCGGGCGGGGGCAGCUCCCAGCUCUGAGGAGGCCGGCCCAGCCAGUGGCUCCGUGGCCUGACCGCUGAUCGUAGGGGUGCCGUCCUCCCUCUCACACAUUCCCGUGGAGCACCAUCUUAUUUAUUUAGUUUUUGUUUUGGAAGUGGUUCUUUCAGGAUGUUAGCAGUGCUGGGAGCUGGGAGUCAGGGCGUUGGUGGAGGUCAUCCCACAGCUUGGACAGGAGAGAAGGGAAGAGAGACCCAGGGCAGGGGGGCACGCCGUGGGACAGAGCGCAGGGGGGGACCAGUGAAGUCCUCAGCCCAGCCCCUUCCACUUGGCCCCUCGCAAGGGCGGCCGCUGCUCAGGAAGCCUCUGGCGUAUUGAUCUGGGGAGGCCGGGCCUCGGCUGCCCCACCUCUCCCCCUGCACGUCCUGCUCAGUCCCCUGAUCACCCCACGCCACCCCUUGCCCUCGGCCCGGCUUCGGGGGCGGUGUUAUUCCUUCGAAGAGGCAGCUGCAACCCAAAGUACAGGCACCUGACCCAGGACUCCAAGCAGGGUCUGGAACUGCCAGUCCUGGGCUGGAGCCCCGCCCUCCUCAGUCUGCCCACCCCCCUCGCGUGGAAAGCCAGUGAUGGGCAAGAGGUGGCAGAGGGCAGUGUGGGCUCGGUGUCUGUCUGUCUGUCUGUCCUGGACCUUCCCCAUGAUCCAUUUUCCCCUUGGCGCUCCCGGGUGUGUGUGACGACUCUUUUCGUGAACGCUAAGCCAGGCAGGCUCUGCCCUGGGCAGGAAGGCUUUCCUCCAGAGCAUUUGCCAGCCAGCGCAGGAGAGGAGGUGGGGUUGGUAGCUCAGGGCUCGUCCUCCCGCCUGGCCUGUAGAGAUGGGACUCUGUGGCCUGGGAGGCAGGGCUGGACUCAUUGGUCCUCAGCUGGUGCAAAAAGCCAGAGGCCACGAUGGCCCCCGGAGCUCACCCUGACUUUCUCUGGGGCCUCAGGCCCAAUUUCUGCUUUGCACUAUACUCACUUUGGGCUUGGUUCCCACGCAUCCCCGGAUCUCCUGCAAGGUGUCUGCUUACUUUCUAGGGUGAGGGUUCCUGAUCUUAGACUUACCUGCCUCAGGGGACAUUUCUGGCAGGAUGAAUGGCGAGAUGGGUCUGGGUCGAAGCAGGUGCCCUGAGACCUGUCCCUGGUUGGGGGCAGGGGGCCUGGCUGGUGGGAGCCCUGCAGCCUCCUACUCCCAGCCAGAGCCCGGUAGGCCUGGGACGGUUCACUGUCCUCCCUCCUUCCCCGGGACACCCCCCCCCGGGCCCCCAGCCAAGCUGCUGACAUUUUACUACCAUUAUUACAGAGCAAACCCAGUUGUUGCUCCCUGCAGGGUUUCCACCCAUCUGGUUGUCCCAUCCACUCUUCAGAGUCAGCCCCACAUUUAGGGGGGUCGGUGGGACCCGGCGUCCUACCCACCGCUCGGGCCUCGGGGCCACUCUGGUUCUCUGCCAAGGUUGCUUGCCCAGCCCUGCUGCUCCAGCAGCCAUUUCCUGACUCGUGGGCUCUGUCCGUCCUUCCUGUGCCCCCCACUCGAGGCAGGGCACCUGCAUGCACCAGGAGUGGGCGGCCACCCAGCCAUCGGGGCAGCAGCCCCUCUGCCACGCGCUUUGUGCCUCCGCAGCUCCCCCUCCUCAGCCGGGGCCUCAGACCAGCCAUCCUCUGUGGAGCGCCCCCGCCCCAGCUGAACGAAGCCCAGCUCCUGGGGCCUGGCCAGGGCUGCCCCUAGGGCACUGGGGUUGUGGUGGAGGGGCAGCGGGCAAACCCACUCCAAAGCCAAGCCAGGACCGGCCGCGGCACCAGCAUCCUGUGCCGUGUGCUCACGGAGCUGAGUAGUGUCUUCUUAGAAGUAGUCAAAGCUUUGCUGACAAAAUAAAUGUAUGACUCUACUUGACAACAUAAAAUCUAUUUUCACCGCCGGCAUUUACUGGAGCUGCACAGGCCCUCUGCUCCCACCCGUGUCUUGCUGUCUGUGGCCUUCCUGUUGUGUCCUGUGUUCUGGUGGAUGUGGUUGGGGCUGGGGCCACAGUCCACGCUGUCCCAGCUGCUGGAGAAGCCACUGGCAAAAGUCUGACCAGGGCUUGGACCCCAGGCCUCCCAGGGAGAUGAGGGGCCAGCUGCCGUCCUGUCAGCCUGCUCCCGCCGGAGACCUGCCUGUCUGGGCCCUCGCCCACCGUACGGAGGGUCCUGUCUUUGGGGGAGGGGGAGUCUGGUGGGGCCUCCGACAGGCUUUUCUCCUUCCUGUUCGUGGAGGAGGCAGCUUACUGGCCAGCCCUGGAGCAGACCCUGGGACCCUGUUGGUCAGCGGCCCUGAGCGCUCCCGUGUGUAUGUGUGUGUGUGUGUGUGUGUGCUCAGUGUCCGCAUCUAUGCAAAAUGUGCAGCUCUAGGCAGUGGAGGGGCGGCGGCCUGUCCCCGACUGUGCAGGGCACAGAGUGUGGGGCUGGAGGGCAAGGCUGGGGCCGGGCUGUGGAGUGCUGGUCCUCCAGACGCCUGCUUAAUACCUCCUCCUGUUGGCCUGUGACCCUCCCCUCCUGCCCUCAGCUCCUGGAGCAGAAAUCUCUGGGGCCUCCACUUCCCCUAUAGCCUUGACCAGAGCUGAUUAGAUCCUAAGGGACAGUGUUUCCAGGAGCCACUUUCUGGAACUGCUGGUCCCUUGGAGCCCAGCAGCCGGAAAUGGCUUCUUAAUCAUGACGUCCAGGCCAGAGCGGCACCGCCGCCGCUUCUCUGGUCCGGGCUCAGGUGGGCGUCAAAGUCGAGGCUGGGACUCUGCACACAGAGCUGGCCUCGAGCGGAGUUCACUAACACCUUAGCUUUUCACUGUACGCCCUUCCCAAUCCCCAGGUGCGCAGGGGGGUCUGACGGCGCCGUGGGGGUGGGUGGGCAAGUGACCAGGUUCUGGGGCAAAGGUCUACUGCGGGGCCUCUGCCCAGUGACCUCACGAUCCCCUCUGUGACCCAGGGGCACAGUGCAAAUGCAUCCCAGGGCACUCUCACAUUCCGCCACCCCCUCGGCAGAAUUCGGGGGAUCGGGAAGGGGGGAGGGACGGAGGGGUAGUCACUUUUGUCUCCUUUGUCCUUCUGUUCACA